AUGGAGAACGGUACAUCAUCAGAGGGCAGAGACCCAUCUACUUUCCUGAGUGAAAUCAUCGGUGCUCCUGUCACAGUGAAACUAAACUCCGGUGUUGUGUACAAAGGUUUUAUGUCUUCAAACCAGGACUACUCUUGGAUCGUAUCUAAUCUUGGCUUAGGAGAACUUCAAUCGGUAGAUGGAUACAUGAAUAUCGCUCUCGAGAAGUCCGAAGAAUAUGUGAAUGGCAAGUUAAGGCGUGUGUACGGUGAUGCUUUCGUUCGAGGCAAUAAUGGUGGGUUCAUUACCUCUUCCGCAAGCCCUCAAACCCACUGGACUGAUAUAUGUCGUUGUCAUUUGGUAUAG